UUUCGAUAGGAAACUUUUUCGCCGCAGUUUAUUGUAGAAUUGUAUAGAUCGUUAUGUAACUAUUUUAUAUGCUGUGGUAAUAUUAUAAUAAUUCAACGCUAACCAAAAUUUUAAUGAACGCUCAGAAAAAUUCUUGUGUUGAAAGUAUUUGGAAUUUAAAACUUUUAAAAAUAAUUCAUUGAGUACAAUGAUAGCGCUUGCGCAGUAGUACAAAAUUGUUGAUACUUCAAAAAAAUGUAUGAAGAUAAACUUAUAAACUAUUCCUUUACACAUGAUCUAAGCAUAUUCUUAUCGAAAACUGAACUAAUUAUGUCAUUUAUAUUGAUAGCUACCUGUAUAAAUUGUAUAUAUGCUACCAAUUAAUAAACUAUUAAAUUUGAACAUUUCAAAAUUUAUAAUAAAUAACUGUUGCUUAUUUUUUUAUUUAUCUAUUCAACUAUGUCCAACUUUAUUUUGAGACGAUCUGGUUACUCAUUAUUAGCAGCCUCGACAUUCAUUCAAAAGGUAUUAGCUAAAGAUGAAGAACCUAAACUUGUUAAACCAAAAGAUUUACCAAUUUAUACUGAAAAACCUACAGAAGAAAAUAAAAAGCAAGAAGAUAAUUGGGAACCAACUUUUGCUCAUAAUUCAAUUAAGAAACUUUGUGAAGAAGUCAUUACUGUUAAUAAUCAGCUUUCUAUAGUUAAGGAUAGAGUAAAUACUUUUUUUCAAACAGGAUAUGCUCAUACAGGAGCAUUUGUAGAUAAUUUGCAUCAAGAGAAAAACUCGGCUUUAAGAGUGGGAUUUGUAAUAAGUGGAGGUAUAGCUGGCUUUUUAUUGGCUUUCAAUAAAGGCAAGUUCAAGAAAAUCCUUUUUACAGCAAGUGGAACAUCAGCUUUCUUUUAUAUAGGGUAUCCAAAAGAAGCUGAAAAAACUACAAAAAUAAUUAAACGUUAUUCAGCAGUAUCAUACCAUUUCAUAAAUAAUGUUACUAAAGAUUUAUCUGGUUUUGAACUACCUUCAUUACCAUCACCUAAAGAAGAAUCAGAAAAUUCUAAUGAAGAAAAACCCGAGUUAAAAGAGUUGUAUAAUUCAUUAUUAGAGUUCAUCAGUUCAAACUUAAAUUCAGCUAAAAAGCUAAUUUUUAAUGAUAAAAAUGGCUCAGAUGACCAAAAAAAUAUUUAAUCCUCGAUACAAGCUCUAUUUAAUCGGGAAAUGACAUCUUCUUUACCAAGUAUUUCCAUCAUUUCACUUACACCUGGACCUUGCUGUAAAAACAAUACAUGCAUACAAUAUAUUAAAUGAAAAUUGUAAAGUAACUUAUUAUAAAUAUACUGUAUUUACUUUUAA